AUGUUUCAUUCUUCAAGCCUAAGGCAUGAACAAUACAUGAUACGUUCUAAUUCAAACAAAAAAGCUAUUUUACAUAAAAAUCGUUCUUCAUUAGAAUCAGAAACAUCUAGAACAGAUAGUGGAUAUUCUUCAAUCACUUCACAUUCUAUAAAUACCAAAGAAGAUACUUCCAAUAAAUCUAUUGCCACUACUACUAUUACUACUACUGCCGCCACUGCCACCGCCACCGCCACCGCCUCCACUACUACUACUACUACUAUUUCUAACAAUUCAUCAAAAAAGAAAAAAAAACAUCCAUCUCCUCGUCAACCAGAUCUUGUCUAUUCAUGUCCUAGACCACUCGCCUUUCCGUUUCACAACGAUGACCAUUUUUUACCUAUUGCUGAAGCAGAUCCACGCGAUAUAGCCAGACUCACACCUAAUUAUAAUUCAUAUUAUUCACGACAAGCACAUAUAAAUAAGAAUCAAAACAAUACAACACCAUCAUCAUCUAUUAGAACAAGCAAUAGUAGUCAACAAGGAUUUAUAUCUGAUAAUGAAUCCAGUUACAGUCGUCGGUCUUCCUUAUUGAGUACAAUACAACGUGGCACCGUACGUUCAAUCCGGUCCUUUUUUAUGAACCAGCAACAUAAUAAUGAUACAGGCUUGGAUACUGAUUUCAAAACACAGCAACCGAAACUCGAGAUAAAAAGAGGAACAGUCCAGACCCUAAAAGACAUGUUUAAUAAGAGGAAAAAAGAGGACUCUUCAUCGUUCACUCAUAAUAAAGUUGUACAACAACAACAACAGCAGCAGCAACAACAACAAUCAACCAAGAAGGGCCACGCUAUUAGCAAUACAAUUAAUCAAUUCGAAAACAUGGAAAGAGUAUCACCGCUUAGUAAAGAAUUACCUACUACCAAAAGGACAUCACUGGCUUCACAAGCUACUAAAUUUGUUACAACAAAAUACAAUUUAUUAACAAAUAAACAACAACCUGCGCAAGAGAGAAUAAAAGUAACAGCUUCAAAAUCAGUACCUAUAUUUCCCACUACUGGUACUGCAACACAAGAUAAUUUAGCUAUCAAAUUAAAAUCUAAAGUUAAAAAAUUUUCGAACCGAAUAUCCGACGCCUUAUUUCAACCAAAGAAGAGUAAAUCGACUUCAUUUUUAAAACAAAAGCCAAGGAAUGAAAUAGAAAACCAAGAUACUGGCAUCAACAGCAGUCAAAUAGGUGUUAGUAAAAUGUGGAAUAGUUUGAAACGACUAGUCACUGGUAAAAAGACAUCCCGAGUUGGUAUUCUUCUCUAA